AUGGCAACGGCCUUCGCGGGGCCCGGAAGUGCGGCCUGCCGCUCUCCGCCCGGCUUCAAGGCACUUCCGCCGCGUUCCUAUUGGCUUUUGAAGUUUGGUGGGCGGGACCGAGCAGGAACCCGGAGCCAGACCCAGGAGCCAUCUGCCUACCCUGGAAUUGUGGAGUCCACUGAAGAGUACAAAUUUGUGGAACGCCUCAUCCCCCCUGCUGGCAUCCCAGAACCCCCCAGACACAAGAGUUACCCCACACCGAGUGGCUGGCAGCCUCCAAAAGACCCCCCACCAGAUCUCCCCUACUUCAUUCGCCGUUCCCGGAUGCACAACGUCCCUGUCUACACCGAGCUCACACAUGGCAACCGUCAAAUGACUCUGAUCCGUAAGGUGGAGGGGGACAUUUGGGCCCUGCAGAAAGAUGUGGAAGAAUUCCUGACUCCGCUCACGGGUAAGACGCCCGUGACACAGGUCAACGAGGUGACUGGAACCCUGCGUAUCAAGGGUUACUUUGAUCAGCAACUCAAAGCCUGGCUUCUGGAGAAGGGCUUCUGAGGGUCAGAGGGCAAACCAGGCCCCAGAGGGGUGCUGACACCAACCUAUAGAGGCCCAGCGGCACCCCUGCUGCUCCCCAUUUGUGGCUGGGAGUCUCCAAGGGGACUCCGAGCAGAAGGGGUUUAUCAGAAUUAUUCUAAGAACUGACUCUUCACCCCCAGUUGGGAAUCUUUCAGGGAACUUCAUGUGGCCAAUGUUAAGAGAUGGCAGAGGCCCUAGGCAAGGGGGUGCCCACCUGCCUGGCCUGUGGACUAUGAACAAGUGAGAAAAUGAAUCCAGACCCCACAGCAUCAUUAGGAAGACAUGCUUGUCAUAAAGAAGACAAAACACCACCAAUGCCCAGGGGGAGGGGUACCACGUCACAACCUGGCACCAACUUUAAUGCAAGUUUUUUAUUUCGGCCGUAUAUACAAUUGAAGCUAUUAAAAUUUGUACAAUAUUUACAAAUUAAAUAAUCUGAAACUGUC